AUGGAAAAUUUGCAUUCGCGGCGAACUGAAUUAUUCUUUACUAUUUCGUGUACCAUUGCAAAAUGGGUGGCUGAAUUUAAGGAUCGAAUACGCGGCUUUGAAGAUGCACCACGAAGUGGUCGUACAUCGAUCACAACCACCGAUGAAAAUAUUGAAGCCGUGGAACGUAUUCUAAUGCGUGAUCGACAAAUUUCUGUCUGCCCUGUAGCCGACGAUCAAUUUAAUGAUAAAUAUUUGUCAAAUGGAACAAAAAUGGCAAAAUCAUCUCUUUUAUCCUUAUGUAUGUCAAUACUUCGUCAAUUAAUUCAAUUAACAAAAGAAUCAAUUUAUUUUCAAGUUCUUGAGAAUGAUUCUAAUCGUUUUGAUAGAAUUAAAAUAUGGAAAAAACAAGUGAAAAUAGUUUGUUCAAAUAAUGAGCUUAAAGCUUACUAUUGUGAACGAAAUAAUCUUGAAAAAUUUAAAUCAUGUCAAAUAAAAGAAAAGUUUUAG